CUAAGCUCUGUUUUCUUUUUAACAAACAGAGGAACCUCUAAAUUUGGAUUUUCCCAUUCAAACCUUUUCUCAUUUCUCUAAUUUUAGAACAAGAAAAAAAAAACAAACAAAAAGUUUUGUCCCUUUUCUUACAUCCAUUUUCCUUAACGUUUAUGAUCUGUUCAAGCAAAGGAACGAUCUUAACACACAGAGGAAAACAUUCAACCUUUAGAUUAUCUCCCAAAAACCAACUUCGAAUUAACAAUAAUCUUCCGAUCACACCUGUCACAACAUUCCUACGAUCAUCAUCAAUGGCGGUGGAAACAAUGUCAAAUCCAUCACCUCUCCUUCUAACCUCAGGAGCAAGCGGUCGCGUAAGAGCCCUCUUCUCCACGCGAGAGCUCAAGCGUCUCUUCACCAUCAUCCACUCCCUCAUCCUCUUCAUCCUCCUCCCGUUCCGCGUCGUCGUCUGGCGGCGGAGGACCGGGGCGGUGGUUAUUAGAGACGAGAAACAGGAGAGGAAGGUCUGGUCGCCGACGCAGAUCGUGGUGAGGAAGAGGAGCGUUGGAGGAGAGAGCGGAUGCUGCAGCGUUGCGCCUCCGUCGGUUCCGGCGGCGGUUGUGGAUGAGGAGGUUGCGGUUAGGAGGGAGCUUGCGGUGAGGAGGGUGGCGGAGGAUGAAGGCGGAGAUGGAAGCUCGGUGAGGGAGUUUUCGCUUUUUAUGACGAGGAGAGGUGAUACGUUGUUUACUCAGUCGUGGUCACCUGUUUCGUCACAUCACAGGGGGCUUGUUGUUCUGCUACAUGGAUUAAAUGAGCAUAGUGGGAGGUAUAGUGGUUUUGCAAAGCAGCUAAAUGCUAAUGGGUUCAAGGUGUAUGGAAUCGAUUGGAUUGGUCAUGGUGGAAGCGAUGGACUUCAUGCUUAUGUCCCUUCCCUUGACUACGCUGUUGAAGAUUUGAAAUCAUUUCUUGACAAGGUUUUCGCGGAGAAUCCAGAACUCCCCUGUUUCUGCAUUGGACACUCAACAGGAGGAGCAAUCAUCCUCAAGGCUAUGCUAGAUCCAAAGAUCGAGUCUCGAGUUUCAGGCAUUGUACUGACUUCACCUGCUGUUGGAGUCCAACCAUCCCAUCCAAUCUUCACUGUUCUUGCACCAAUCGUUGCGUUCCUCUUGCCAAGGUACCAAUUCAGUGCAGCAAACAAGAAAGGAAUGCCAGUUUCUCGUGAUCCACAAGCUCUUGUCACCAAAUACUCUGACCCAUUAGUAUUCACCGGAUCCAUCCGGGUUAAAACCGGCUAUGAGAUCCUUAGAAUCGCUGCUCACUUGCAACAAAACCUAAACAAAGUUAAAGUCCCUUUUCUUGUCAUGCACGGUACAGCUGACACUGUGACUGAUCCCAAUGCCUCUAAGAGGCUAUACGAGGAAGCUUCUUCUCCAGACAAAUCAAUCAAGCUCUUCGACGGGUUAUUACAUGAUCUUCUCUUCGAACCUGAGAGAGAAAUCAUCGCUGGUGCCAUAUUAGAUUGGCUAAACCAGCGGGUUUAAAGUUCUUCCAUAACCAGCUAUUACUAUCAUGUCUAAUCAAGUUUAAUUUCUUGAUUUUGAUAAAAGAAUAAAUAUAUUUUUGAGGAAGUUUCUGAGUAAAUUAACUGAGAAUCGUGAGGAAGAAAUACUUUUAAAGAGUUCUUGGUUGAUUUAGCUACUACUUGAUUGGUUUUUGUCAACUCAAGAAAUGUGAAGAAGACAAAGGAGACUUUGACUCUCUUGCAGUUCAUUAGUCUCUUUAGAACGUUUUGACUCCGGUGUAUUGUCUAUGUAACCUUGGAUUUUAAUAUUUUUAUCUAUGUUGAUGGAAAUCUACUGCCUGUUUCGAAUGUUUCUGCUUGUAAAUAAUGAUGUUUUGUUGUGUGUGAAUUCAGUAUUUUUU